AUGGCAAAUAAUACGCCAUUGACGAGCGAUUUUUAUUGGGCAUGUCAUGAGGGUGAAGUAGACAAAGUAAAGAACUAUAUGAAGAACUUAACUACAGAGCAACUCAAUAAAAUCGAGCCUAACGGGUCAACAGCUCUACAUGCUGCAUCUUUUUACGGUAAUGAACAAAUUGUUCGACUCUUAUUAGAAAAGGGUGUCUCUCGAUCUAUAAGAAACAGAUAUAGUCUAACAGCUUAUGAAGAAGCGAGUACUGACGAGGUAAAAAAAUUAUUUCAACGUCAAAGUGCUACAGACAGAUUCGUUGGUGGAAUGCAAGGAGAACAAAUUGAAUGGAUGAAAGUGGAUUCAGAAAUUAAGAAAAAAGCAGCUGACCAACGUAAAUUGCAUAACCAGGAGUGGGAUAAACUGAACAUUUGUGGACAUGUGAAAUAUAUACGCGAAAAAUAUAUAAAUAAAAGCCUGCAGAAUAUAGAUGGUAUUGAUCUAAUUAACUAUUACUAUAUUAAAGCGUAUGAAGAUAAUGAUCCUGUUCAGGUACUUACUGCAUACACAGCUGAAACUGAUUAUUACAAAGUGUUAAAUCACCAAUUAGCGGUAGUACAUGAAGACAGUUGGUCAGAUGGACUCGAGAAUCGGUUUGGAAGAAAUAAAAUUUUGACUAUCAUGACUUCGCAUCCAUCUCUCAGUUGUUUUACGUUUUUUGGUUUUACUUAUCGUGGUAUGCGAGUGACAGAAACUAAUUUAAGUCAAUAUGUGGUUGGUACUCAGCUUAUGAAUAAAGCAUUUUUAUCAACUUCAAAAGAUCGACAAAUUGCGGAAAGUUUCGCUAAACAAGUAGAAGAAACAAAUGAUGGAAAGAUAGGAGCUUUAUGCUCUUAUGACAUUCGAAAUAAUCGUAGUGGUAUUGACAUGGAAUCAAUAAGAAGCUGUUCGAAAAUCAAGUGACUAAAAAGAUGUUUCCAUCAGAAGCCUAUCACGUUAGCAAUGAUAGUUAGAACUUGGUAGAAACAAUAUAAUUAAUCAUCGGUGCCCUAUAUAUAUGGUGUAUCUCUAAAGUCCUCAGCCACCAACUGACUCUGUCUUUUUUUCUCCAGAACUAACCGCGAUAAACAAAUCCGAUGUCACAUUCGAACUCAGCGAACCGAUUCUUACCAAACAAAAAUAUUCUUGGAAAGCCUGGAAAUGCACAGAAACGCAUCGCAAUUUGCCGAGGAACUAAAUUUUUCAAAACGCUCUUUGAAAACCAUGAUUUCAAGAAUAUGAUGUAUAUCUACAAUUUAUUACUAUUCAUCAUUAUCAUUGAUUUCAAUUACUGAGAGCUAUAGAACGAAUAUUGAUAUAAGCUUUAUUCUGCCAGAAUACAAGCGGAAAAAUAUUUCAUUAUGGUAUUCUAAACUAAAACUAUCGAAAAACACAAAAUCAAUUUGUACGAAUAUAACAAAUAUUUCUCACGAGGAAACAUAUCCAACUGUUACCUCGCUUUUUCAGCCAAACUCGGUGGGUUAUAGCUAAUCGACCGCGCUGAUCCCGAAUAUGAACAUGAGAGCUUCCACUAGGCCUUCAAAGAUCCGAUUUUCUGGAAAACCAGUUUUUAAGAAACUCUAAAAGAGAACCAAAACCUUUCUUAAUGUGACAUAAUUACAGCGCACACAUUUGUGACUAAAACGAGACCUCUCCCAGCUCUACAUGACCUUUCUUUGCAAAGUUAUAGAAGUUACAAGAAAAGCCCUAAAUGUUAAUUGCCAGCUCAAAGCUACAAAAAUAAGAAAUUAAUUUAAGGCAUCUCUUGUAACUUCUAUAACUUUGCAAAGAAAGGUCAUGUAGAGCUGGGAGAGGUCUCGUUUUAGUCACAAAUGUGUGCGC